UCAACGGGCUUACAAGCUUCUCACAUCCUCUCCAACGUACAACAUGAAGUGCAUCGCAGCUGUCGUUCUGCUCGCCCUGGUCGGCGUAGCUCUGGCGAAGCCCCUGGACACGGAGUCGUCGAUCGAGCCAGCGAAGAGCGAAUCGCUGGCGCCGGAAUCUGAUCUCGCGGCGAGGAACAAGCGAGGGCUGUUGCUCGGCGCUGCGUACACCGCCCCUGUGGCCUACAGCGCUUACACCGCUCCGGUCGCCUACACCUCCGCCUACAGCUACCCUUACGCACCCUACGCCGGCUACCCCUAUUACGCCUCGGCUUACUCCGCGCCCUACUACGUACUCUAAACCCGCUCGACCGACGCCACUUCCAUCGACCAACGCCGGAUCUACCCACCAAACGCGACGACUGCACCGAUCUCUCGACAGCUCCGACGAGAGCUCCUCCAUCGGACGAUCGAGAUGCACGAAUGACACGGCGGAAGGAUGCUGGCAUCGAAUCGCAACGCCUCACGGACCAAACCAGCAAACAACAAGUCACAUCUCAAUCGAAUCUUCCGAUCAAAAUUUCACUCCUCGAGCGACAACGUUGCCAGCGUUCUUCCAAGCUUUACUAACAAUUAGAUUGUAGAAUUAUA